AUGUGGCUCUUUCUGGGAGCGUGGAAUGCAACUAUAAGCACGGCCAGUGUUGAUAUCAGCAUGCAAGUGAACGGUCAACCACAGGGUUUCAAAUACCCACCUGUGAGACCACUGGAGGCAACUUUGAAGAAGGGCCGGUUCUGGAUCACCCCUGACCCGUACCACAACGACGACAACAUCCAGAUCGGCCGCGAGGUGAAGAUUUCCUGCCAGGUGGAGGCCACUCCCCCGGAGGAGCUGGCGUUCAGUUGGCUGAAGAACGGGCGGCCGCUGCGCAGCUCCGAGAGGAUGGUCAUCACGCAGACCGACCCCGACGCUUCCCCGGGCACCACCAACCUGGACAUCAUCGACCUCAAGUUCACCGACUUCGGGACCUACACCUGCAUGGCGUCGCUGAAGGGGGGAGGCAUAGCGGACAUCAGCAUCGACGUGAACAUCUCCUCCACCACCGUCCCUCCGAAACUCUCGAUCCCCAGUGGGAAGUCACCCCUGGUCACCCGGGAGGGGGACACGGUGGAGCUGCAGUGCCAGGUGACUGGGAAGCCCAAGCCCAUCAUCCUGUGGUCACGCGCGGACAAGGAGGCGCCCAUGCCGGACGGCAGCAUGGAGACAGAGAGCUACGACGGGAUCCUGCGGAUUGUGAACGUCUCCCGGGAAAUGACCGGAUCCUACCGGUGCCAAACCAGCCAGUACAACGGAUUCAACGUCAAGCCCAGGGAGACGGUGGUGGAGCUGAUUGUGCAGUGUAAGUGUUAGGAACCAUUCAACAGACUACCAGCUAUGGACAAAAGUUUUGCAUCACCCUAGAGUUUUAAUAUUGAGACAUGAUUAAAAAAAAAAAUAAUUCAAAAUGUGUGUGAACAUAAUUCAGAUCAUGUAAUCAAGGAAACUACAACAUGAUAUUGCAGAAGUCUACCAGAAGCCAUAAUAGUAGCACAGUAUUUCAUGUUAGAUGUCAAAAUGUCAAAUUUUUCUAUUUUUGUCAGUUUUUC